AUGUCCAAUGAUACAAUACGCCAACUCUCUCUGCUGUUGUUUGCUGAAAUCAAACCGUAUUGUGUCGAAUUGACCAACGUAUCGCUCCUACCGGAUCAACUUUUCAGAUCGGAAUCAAGCCAACUAUCUACCUGCCUCGGUAAUGUUCAGAAUACUUUGGAGGCACACUAUAGGCAACACAAAGAUAAAGUAGCUCGAUAUCAAUUGGCUCCGAAUGUAGCAGAUUAUGUAUUUUACCCCCUUUCGAAUUUACUAAAGAAACCAAGCUUGAAUGAUUCGGUUAUUGGCUAUAUAUUGAGUAUCACGGCAUUCCUCCUACUGCAUGUAUGGUCGUUCAAUCCCAACCAAACCCUAAUAGAUCAGUUAUACCCAUUGGUUGUUUUCUUGAUGGGUGGCAGUACCCCGAAGGAACUGAAAGUUUUACAUUCCAAUAUAGAGUUCAAGGCUGCAGGUUUAGCUUGUCUUGAUCAAAUCAUUUCAAGUCUUCCUAAAGGUUAUUUCUCUGCCGGGGAUAAUCCGCUGACAAAGAAAAACUUGGCUUUGCUAGGAAAUACAAUUACUUUGCUUCUAGAUAUAUUAAGUGGUAGCACUAACCCAAAUUCUGUUGAAGAAACUCAACUAGUCAACGAUUGCCUUUCGACAUUGGAAGCACUCUACUCUAGGCAUAUGACACCUGAACAGUUGUCCCAUGUACUACCAGGAACAGUAUCUAAAAUUGUAAAUUUCUACGCAAUGUCCAAAACUUUACACUAUACUGUUAUCGUAAACAUGAUGAAGUUGUUGACUUGCUUAAUAGGCAAAGUAUUUGAUGAUGAAAGUCUUAAUAUAGAACUCCAAGAUCAAGCCAAAAUGCAGAAGUCGUUGGAGGAAUUAGGAGAUAUGUGGGACAAAGGGCAGGAUCAGAACAAUAGUAUUGAAACUGCAUUACUUCUGUUACCCUUUAACAUUCCCUCUUCAAAUCAUCACAGGACUAAUUCUUGGUUAAGGGCUACAUCCAAGCAACUAAAAAUAUCGUUAACCAUAUUGUUCAAAGAUUUACUAAGCCCUUCAUCGAACAACAAAAGUAAAGUUCAAACCAAAGCACAGAUAGAAUUUGAAAUUGUUUCCUUUGUGAAGACAUUGUUGGACAAAUGCUUCAUAUCUUUGUUUAAUGAAUUUAUUUCUUUGGCACUUGAUAUAUUUCCCAUGUUGAUAUCCAGCGUUUCUGAAUCCAGGGGAUUGGAGCUUGAAACAAAUAAGAUUGAUUCUUUCUCGCAUGUAAUCUGUUUAAAUGGAGAUGAGAAUGGUAGUGACAUGGCCCCUCUUUACCUUCAAAAACUAUCUUACAUUUACAAAUAUGUCUUUGAUAAGCUUGAAGGUUUGAUUAAGAGUAGAAUUUCUUCAAUUAUGAUGUCCGUUGAUAAUGAUAGAAUCAGAAUGUACAUAAUAUCUAUCAAAUUUCAAUUCACAGUACUUAGUCAGUUGUCUCAGAUAUUGAGAAGAGGUGAAAAUCACAUUUUCCAGUUAAAGUCUGCAUUAGUAAAUUUGUUACAGAAGGAAUUGGUUCGGGGAUUCUUAUACAAUGAUAGACUGAAAAAAUAUGGUAGUAAAGAUAUUUUAACCAUUCUUUCCGGAUCUGAGAAUAAUCAAUCCAAUGGCAAUGUGGUAGGAAAUGAAAUGCAAGUUGAAGAAGAAGUUAAAGUUUCAAAUAAAUUUGAAGAUAUUGAAUUGCCUCCCCAAAUUGAUGCUAGCAAGAUUGUGAAGAUGAAAAGAAAAGGCCCCCGCAAUCAUAUAAAUAAUUUUGACACUACGAACAUGAUCUUGAUGUCGAAGCAAGAUUGGAUCCAUCUGCAAGAUGUUUCUGAUUUAACGUACUUCGGUAGUACGUAUUCUGUGUCUGUUGAGCAUCAAAUAGUUGAAUUGAUUAAAUUUUUAGGCAGAUUGGAUUCUACUAGCAGUGUAAAGUUAAUUGAAGAUGUUUUAUCCAUGGAUUUUCCUGACCUGAAUGGACAACCUGAAGCUGAAAAUUACUUGCAUCGCAGCGUAAACUUGUGGUUUGCUAAUAAUUUACUCACACAAGUUAGAAGUGCUAGGCAGACAGUACCUUCAGUAGAGUCUCAGGGUGAUUUCAAUAUUGAUGAUUUCUUAGAUUUUAAUGAAGAUAAAAAGGGGGAAGUGAAACACAUACUGGCAUCUACAAACUAUACUAGCCUGCAAGAUCAUGAAAUUGAAAAUAUUUCGUAUAUGAUUAUGGGAAAAUCUCAAGACUUGAUUGAUGAUAUAUCGACCCUUUUAAAUAAUCCUGAAUUAAUUUCUACGGCAAAUUCUAUUAACUCAUACAAGGUAUAUGAAAUGACUUACUCUGUUGCCAUUGAUUCUAUUGGUAUUCUUUCCAAUUCUCUAGAAUUAAAAGAUUUCCAACAAGACUUUUUAAUUGAUUACUUGUAUCCAUUAUUGGAGGCAUUGACCUUCCAAUCGAACCCUUUGAUUCAAUCGCAUGCUAAACAAUCGCUUCAACAAAUUGUUAAUAAUUAUUAUGAUGGCUCCUUAGAAUCUAUGAUUGUGGACAAUCUGGACUAUUUAAUUGACUGCUUAAGCUCCAAGCUUUCGGUUGUGACUUCAUUGAGUCCCUCCUUGGCUGGGAUUCUCCUUGUUGUGCUUAAGAUAUCAGGGAUAAAACUUUUAUUGAGCAACCAGCUACUGGAUAUCAUAUCUGAAAUGUUUACCUUAAUUGAUUCGUACCAUGGCUAUUCAGUAUUGGUUGAGGGAUUUUUUGUGGUAUUUGACGAAAUAGUUCAACAAGUGGAAGAAUACUAUGCAAUCAAUAAAGUUGAUGCUAACACAAAGUCUGAUGAUGAAAUCGUUAACUAUUCUAAGUACAAGCCUUGGGGUAUGACUAAUGUCAAUCAAUUAUUAAAAAUGAUUGACGACUCCCAAAAAAUUGUUGAUCCAUUCAAUGAUUAUGACUCGAAUAAGGAAUAUUUCAAGAGAAAGCAAAACGUUCCCUUUGCAGAACAAAUGGCAGAUUCAGAUGAUGAAGAUGCUGAUGAUGAAAACCAAGAUGAAGGCAAUACCGGAAAUAAUGAAAACGCAGUAGAUGAAUGGAAAUCACGUAUUCCUAGGCUGAUUUACGAUAUAAUCCAAAGAAUAUUUAACUAUUCCUUCCGUCUAUUGUCGCAUCCUUCAACUACCUUGAGACAUCAGAUAUUGAAAAUGCUUACUAAAGUAUACCCAAUAUUAAGCACCAAUUAUAAUAUGGUGUUACCUUUAAUCUCGAAACAUUGGCCCAUUAUUAUGACUCUUGUAGUUGGUACUAAUAGUCUUUCAACUUAUGAAGCACCUGGUUCGGAUGAUACCUAUCUUGAGUCUGCAAACCUAGUCUUACCAGCAGUGGAAUUGACAACCGUGUUGAUAAAGGAGGAUAGAAAGCAAAAUGAAGCCUUUUUGGGAAGAAAGUUUCUUGAAUUGUGGGAAUUUUUGACUACAAAGAAUGAAAUGUUUAAGCUUGAUCUUUCAGAAAGACCAAGAAAACCGUCUACUAGUUCAUUGUCAAAAAUUAUGCACAAUCCAAAUAUACUCUCUGGAUAUGCUAACCUUGUAAUAACAGGACUUAACGUCUACGAACGUAUCAUAUCUGACAAGAUAGCUUACGAAAUGGUAUCCUUCUGUUGGAGGUGUGGGAUCUCCGACAAAAGCAAGUUUGAUCACAGCCAAUUUAGCAAGGAAACCAAGAAUAUUAUCUGGUUACUAAAGCGCAAUCACAGAGAAGCUACCAUACAACAAAAACCUGCAUUAUGA